AGGGGCGGAGCGAGCGCGGCGGGCGCACCUCGCGGCCAGCGCACCAGUACGUACUCCGUCCCGCUCAGAGCCGUCCGCAGGAGGGCCCCCGCCGUGUGUAUUACAGUGUGCUGUGCGUGCAUGCCCGCGCGCGUGCGUGCGAGUGCGAGUGCGUGCGUGCGUGUGUGCGUGCGCGCGCGUGUGCGUGUGACAGCGCGUGUGCUUCUGCUGGAUUAAAGCGGACGCCUCCCUCGACUCGGGCUUGUUGGAUUAUCACAGCGGCGAUGAGGGCCUCGGCCAGCCGUCGCUGACGACUCGCCAAAGCCUCCGUCGGCGGCAUCCUGGACUCCCACGCCAGUGGCUCGCCAGACACCCUGCUCAGGGCCGCGUACAUGUGCGAGGGUGGCUACGGCCCGCUGCCCGCCAUCCAUGGCAGUGUGGCCGGAUUGGGUGGCGCCCUGCAGGGCGGGCUGGGCCAGGGCCUGGCCGGACUGGGAGGCGGCUUCAACCUGGGCGCGGGGCCCGUCUGCCCCUCGCUGGACGUCCGGGUGGCCACCUCCACCGCGUCGACGGGUGGCGCACCGGGGUCGGCGCCGGGCGCGCAGCACGGCAGCAGCGCGGCCGCCAAGAAGGACAGCGAUCACAUCAAGAGGCCCAUGAACGCCUUCAUGGUGUGGUCCCGGCUCCAGAGGCGGAAGAUUUCGCAGGAGAACCCCAAGAUGCACAACUCGGAGAUCUCGAAACGAUUAGGCGCGGAGUGGAAGCUGCUUUCGGUGACGGAGAAGAGGCCGUUCAUUGACGAGGCCAAGCGGCUGCGCGACGUCCACCUCAAGAAGUACCCGGACUACAAGUACCGGCCACGCCGGAAGCAGAAGACGGUCAAGAGCCAGGGCUACCCGUACUCCAUCCCCUACCCCUCGGUUCCAAUGGAUGCGCUCAGAGCGGGGAUGGGCCAGAUGGGGCAGUACUACGGGCCGACCUACGGCUCGCUCUCGGCGUCUAUGGCGGCGGCGGCGGCUGCAGCGGCGGCGCAGCACGGCUCCAUGUCGGGACUGACGGCUCCCUCGCAGGUGGUGAGCUCCAUCGACGCCAUGGCCAAGUACUCGCUGGAGGCCGAGAAGUACCGGUCGCAGUACCUGCCGUCGCCGUCGCUCGCCAUGUACUCGGCCCAGACGUCCGACUCGUCCAAGUACAUGGACGCGAGCCCGCAGCGGCCCUCCCCGUCGUCCUACCUCGACUCGACCUCGGCCUUCACCAAGGCCUACCUCGAGUCCUCCAAGAUGUACAUGGAGGCGGCGGCCAGCAAGGCGUACGCGGGCGAGCACGGCGGGCUGCUGCGCCAGGCCCACGGCCACGGCCACUACCCCAUCGACAUCCAGAGGAACUUCUGGACCACCGGUCACCCUGCGUGGACGACGGAGGCCGCCGGCGACCGCUCCUCGCCGCAGACGUACCCGGACGCGGCCGGCGCGCUGUCGGCGGGGGGCUCCACCCCGCGCAGCCCCAGCCAGUCGCCGGACGUGGUAGGCCGCGGCCUCGCGGGCCUCCAGGGCGGCGCUGGCGGCGCGGCGUCCUCCGGGGACCGCGGCGGUCUCGACCACAGCGGUGGCGGGUCGUCGUCGGCGUCCUCGACCUCGUCGGCGGCGCCCUCGCCCGCCGGCUCCGCGGGCGGCUCUGCCAGCGGUGGCGGUGGCACCCCGGCGGCGGCGCCCGGGGGCGUGGGCGGCGGCGUGGGUGGGAGCGCCCAGGGCCCUUACUACGCGCAGGGCCUGGCUCCCGGGCUGGCGCCAGGGCUGCCGCAGGGCCUGUACCCGCCCUACCACCAGCCCUCCACGCCCGGCGCGGAGUUCCGCCGCCCACUCACGGUCAUAUUCUGACCCGACGAGCCGUGAGCCUCGCUGGAGUCCGGCAGCACCGACUGCUCCUGCGAGUGAGCUGAUCCAAAUCCUGGACACAUACUUCUUAGGGCAGGUGGGUGUGGGUGGUCUUUGGCCAGCAAUGUGAAAAUGCUUUCAGUGAGCUGUGGUGUCGCUGGAAAGGUCGUAGAUAUUUUUCCCUCCAUCAACUGAUAAAGUUAUUUAUGUUCUGUACUGUAUUAUGCUGGCUGUUAAAGCAAACAACAAACGAUCUCAAAUUGUCUAGUAAUUUUAGUAAGGACUAUGUUCUGUUUACAGCGUCACAUUGUUCAUAGGUUAUCCGAUCCCAUCGUUAAAUAUUCUUUCAGUCUGUCCUGAUUACUUAUCAAAAAAUCUUUAUUUGUAACAAAAUCCUCUUAUUUUGUUUUGAAAUGAAGAUUUGAAGUAUUUCUUUAUUGACAACCAUAAGGUUAAUCAAUUUUUCCGUCUCUCAGGGCGUCAAAAUUGCCCCGUAAUAAGUAAAUGUAUGUAAUAAUUUUGUAAUAUAUGUGCAGUAGUGAUAAUUUUCUAGUUUAUCUCCUUCAGAACCUUUUGUACUAUGUACAAAUCAUUUAUAUGUCUGUGAUUUUUUACUUUUAUCUUCCACUCCUUGGUAAUCUUCCUUUUGUUUUAUUCGAGAUGUUUAUUCUGUAUAUAAUCUAUAAUUUUAGGUAAAUGCAAUACCAAAUCCUUAUCUCGAAACACAUUAAACACAGAAAAAAGGAGGAAGCUUCUGACCUAAUUGAAUGCGUAUUUUAGAAGCAACAUAAUAUCCUCUGAACGUAUGUAACAGCUUAGCAACUAUAUCUGCUAAUUCAAUCACUAGACCACCACAAUUCUCAUCUCAUUGAUGAUGAUUUCUUAAGUGCAUUGUGCAAAAUACAGACCUUAGAAAAUGUAAUGAAAUACAAAAAUCAUCUUUAAAAGAAAUGUCUACUCUUUCAUUAUAAUUCUUAAGAUGCAACCUGGGCGCGAUUUUCUAUAUUGGAUCAUUCGACUAGGGUGAAGUUACCACGGCAGAAGGAGACACAGUAGUAGGGGAGUUGAGAAUAUAUAUUGGCUAGCCGCGCUACGCAAUUCACUGACUGUGAAUCCUGUUUAGCGUUUUAUGCGAGUCUUUUAACGGCGCACGCUCUGCAUAAAAAUGUAGUUCGAGGCGAUGGUGGGCG